AUGCAGCUUACGGAUGGAAGCAAUUUCGGUUCAGCUGUUGACAUUGCCGCUCCAGGUAACGGAAUAGUUACAACUGAUCUCAAAGGGAAGUAUGCCACAGGUAUAGCUGGGAUGCUCUACAGCCUUGAACCUUCUCUGAAGGCUAAGCUGACCCCUGCUUACAUCAAAAGUAUCAUCAAGGAUACGGCCACCCAAGGUGUCAAGGACAGUAAAGGGGUAGAGACCCUUACCUUCGGCCGCGUGAAUGCUGCGGCGGCUGUCAAGAAGAUACUUGGGAGAAAGAAGGUUUAA